UUGCUCAGAAAGGUUCUUGCAGCUGCCGACUCUGUGUUCGACACUUACAACGGCGAAUCGCAGCUAAGUGAUGCGGAAAUCGCCCUUCUUAAAGAUGAAUUAAGAAAGACCGAAGAAGAGAUUCAGACCCUCAAGCAGGUUCUUGUGGCCCGUCAAAAACAUGCCUCUGAGAUCAAGCGUAAAUUAGGACUCAAUCCUUUCGUCGAACUUGGAAACGAUAUUAACAAAGGACUUAAAGCUGUUACCGAUACUGAAGCAUUCCAAAAGACGUCUGAAGUUGCUGCUGCGACUGCCGAUACUGUGAAACAUAAAUGGAAUGACAUGCGCAAUUCCUCCCUCUUCAAAUCAUUCGAAUCAAAGUUGGGAACGGCAUAUACCAGUGUAAGCAAUGCGUCAAUUUUAUUGUGUUGA